CCACAUACUGUCAAGUGUCAUCUUGGUUCCUUUUUACCUUUUUCUUGCUUGUCCUUCAUUCCUCCCUCUCCCCGCAGGUAUGAAGGUGUUGGCUCAAGGAGUAACAGCUCUGGGUGUGCGUCAGACACACCUACUGCAAGCAUGAGACGGAGCAGCAUGCUGAACUCAUUUCUUCCCACUGAAGUAUGAAGUUGCAUUGUUUGACUCUUCAAGCUGAGGUGCUUCCAACUCCCAUAAACACAAUAAAGUAGAGCAUAUUUUUGCUAAAACAAACACACAUGUUUUGUAGUUAUGUAUGCUAUCUCUGCUGUCUCUAUUAUCUGUGGUUUUUUUUGGCAGAAGAGAGAAAUGAGCAUUCCUCAAACUAGACCUUGACUCCUAUCAAAGGUAAUUCCACAGGGUGUGUGUCUGAUAAGCACUGAUACUUGGAAAUUAACAAGUUCUUAAUCAUGAAGUCUAUCAGGCAAAAAUCAGAUGUGAAAAUAUCCAGUUUUGAAAAACAAGUUAAACCUUUUUCUACUUCACAAUUAUCUUCUGUGCCCCAUCUGUCUUUAUUUCUAUGAUGGUUAACAUUGUUACAGUGUGUCAUCUUUCUGGUGUAAAAACUACCUUAGUAUUUUGAUGCUGUACAUAUACAAAUCUACUAGAUAACAAGUUAUACAACUCUGAGAGACAAGUUUUAUAUAGCUCAUAUUAAUAAAUAAUGAUAUACGGCACAUACAAAUCUAAAUGAGACAUUUACUGUCAUGUGUAAAGUAGUAAUGAUGAUCUGAUAUUCAGCCAUCGAGUGACUGGUUCUGCUACAUUCCACCAUGAUUGUAUGUAUAAGUGGAAACAGUCAGUCUUUUAUAAUGUCCUGUCACGUCUUGUGUUUCAUGGACCUGAUACCAGAGCUGCAGCUGUAACAGGUUCAUAGACCAUGUCUAGCCAGUUAUGUAGAGAAAGACAAAAACUAAGGAAAAAAACUCUCAGACUCUCAUCUGAACUUUUAUCUCUUAAAGUGUGAUAUUAGGAGCUUCAUAUUGCUCCCUCAGGGUUCAUAACCUGUUUACUGAUCACACAUUUUUUUUUAAAAACAACACAUUUCUUAGAAAGUAAAAAAUCACAAGAAUGAACACAUGCAGGAAAAACUCCUAGAAAUAUAAAUUCACGGCCUGUGAAGCGUCUGGAGUGUGUGUGUGAAACAGGUCCGCCCGGUCUGCUCCUCUGCUGCUUUUACUGACGACACACCUGCUGGCCUGGGAGGAGCUGAAACAGGUGGACGUUCUUUAACUGAGGGGAGACGCCGCAGGAGACGAAGAGAGGAGUAAGAGAAGAGAGUGAGGAGUCGGAAGAAACACACUCGGACUCAGAUUACAGACGCAGGCCUGAACAGCCUCCCAAGAUGUCGAAGCAUAAGGAUAACAGUCCUGCAAAGAUCAGCAAGAGCCAGGCUACUGACUUGGCUGUGGUGAUUGCUCGCAUGCAGAAGAAUGCAGACCAAGUAGAGAGGAAUAUCCUGCAAUGUGAGGAGCUGCUGCAUUUGGACACAGAGCGCGAUGGGAAGAAUCAACCCCUGAUCUACCAGAAGGAGAAUGCAGAGAACCUGGCAGAGGCUGAGGGGCUGCUGAAGGAUCUCUUCAUGGAUGUGGACAAGGCCAAGAAGCUGCAGCACCCGCAGACUAAUGAGAUAGAGAGAGAUGUGAGAAAUCUCCAUGACCGCUGGUCUAGGGAUUGUGCGACCUACAGGGAACUGUAUGACCAGGUGCAAGAUCUGGUGCUGACACAAAAGAUCGACUGGGAUCCUGUGUUGGAUGAAAAACUGAAACAGUUAAAGGCAGAAGUAUACGGCCUCAACUUGAAUGAUGUAGAGAAGCAGAUUGCAGAACAUAACAUUCUGCACCAGGAGAUCGAAGCGUACAGCGCCCAGAUGCAUCCCAGCACCACCACCUCACAGGAGGAGUACGCCGCCAUCAAGGAGAAAUAUGACAAACUUCUUGAAAGCUCCCAGCAGAGGCGCAGCCACCUAGCCUCUCUGUACGAGUACAUGCAGAGCUGCAGUAAGGAGCUGGUCUACCUGUCAGGCCAGCAGGAGAGAAUCCUCCAGAGAGACUGGAGUGACCAGAUGGCUGACCCCCCAGGCAUCCGCAUGGAGUACGAGAAAUUCAAAAAUAAUGGACUGCUAGCACAUGAGAAAGAGGUCAACCAGCUUCAGGCAGAAGGAGACCGUCUGGUUGAAAUGAAACACCCUUGCAGCCCAACAAUAAAGGCACACAAAGAAGCCGUGCAGAAUGAGUGGCAAGCCUUUCUCAACUUGUGUCUAGCACAGGAAGUUCACCUGGACAACAUUGAAGACUACAAGAAGUUCCAGCUGGAUGCAGAGACACUGUCAGAGUCCCUGGAGAGACUCAAAUCCACUCUGGACCCAAAGUCUUUGUCUGCCAAGAGCAACCCUGAGGUCCUUAUGGCACUGGAGGGAGAUGAACCAGCAGUGAAAAGGAAUGAGCAGCGCUUAGCUGCCCUCAAGGAGCUCAGCAGCAACGUCAAGCCUCUGAAGUUACGUCGAAUCAAGCCCACCAAACACACUACUGUAGUGUCCCUGUGUGACUGGGAAGAUGAAAAUGACACAGUGAGGCGUGGUGAGGAGCUAAUCCUGAAGUCCAACUCGGAUAGUAAGAAGUGGGAGCUUCAGAACAGCACUGGGAAGAUCAAAACCCUGCCUGGUGCGUGUUUCAUGACCCCACCGCCUAAUACUGAGGCCUUGGAGAAAGUAAACAGUCUGGACAGAGAGCUUACAGACUUGAAGAGCCGUAGAUCUGCUCUAUUGGCCUCCUUGAAAAACCCCAUUGUGGAAGUGGUUCGCCCUCAGAAGGCAGCCACUGCAGCCAGUGCCCCAGAAGAUCCUAAAACUGCAGAGCUAGCCAAUAAAUUUGACAAUAUCAACAAUGCCCUGGAUCAGAAUAAAAAAGAAAUCCUGAGCAGACUGAGGACCCCUCUAGACAACCGUAACCCAAUACAAGACCUGACGAACAGGCAGCAAGAGAACGAGAAAUCUGCUCUGACAGUAAAGAAGCUGGAGUCUGAAAAGUCUGUGGUCCAGAGAGAGAUGGACCCUAUUCUGGCCAAGAAACCCCUGGGACCCACCGCUUCUACCCUGCCCAUCAAACUCAGUGCUGCUGACAACAAGAUCGAUGACAUAAACACCCUCAUUGAUCUUUAUAAUAAAAAAGCUAUAGCCUCCAUGUUCCUAGAGAGGCAGAUGCAGAAUGUGGAAGACGCUGUCUCUGGGUUUGAGGAGAAACUGGCUAAAGAUGGCACCAUUCUUGACCAACAGAAUGCCCUCCCCAGUUGCAACCAGCAGCUCCAGGUAAUGCAUAAGAAUGUUGCCUCAAAGAAAGAUGAGGUGAAUAAAUUGGGCAAAGACUUGGACCUGACAGAGCAAGCAUGCAGCUCCUUGCAGCAGAGUUUCAACGAAUACUGCCCCGACAUCCGCCGUCAGGAGAAUAAGGUGAAACAUCUGAAGAACCGUUACACAACUGUCAACAAUCAGCUCCAAGAAAGGUCUGCUCUCAUACAAAAAGCAACCAAUCAAAACCAAGACUUCCAGAAUGCUGUCCAAUCACUGGAUUUCUUCUUGGUCAAUUUGCCCAAUAACAAGAUCAAACCUACUGAUGAUGUGGCACAAAUAACGGCCAAGCAGAACUCUCAGAAGAAAGUGAUGGAGGACAUCGAGAAGAAAUCAGGGGAUUUAAACCGAGUCAAGGCUCUUUCACGUGAUCUGCAGAAUGUCUUAAAUGAAUAUGAGGUUAAGUCAAACACUUACCGUGGCACUCUGAAUGAUGCUGAUGAUACUGAUGAUGACGACGACAAUGACGAUGAACCAGUUCUAAAGAAACGUCAAACUAUGGCUCAAGCUGUACAGAAAAAGGAGAAAGAUCUACUGAACCUUUUCUCUGAGGUGUCUGCAGAAAAUGACCAGCUACUCAGUCACUUGGGGACAGCAAAGAAUAUCAUGGCCAGGAAUGAAGAGAAAGUAAGUCAGGUAGUCGUCAGUCAGCAACAGCAGCUACAGAGCCAAAAGAAGACCGUGGAGGUUAGUGACAGCCUGAAGAAAGACCUGAACGAGGAGAUUACCAGGCGCUUACAUGCUGAAAAUGACCUUGAAACAUACCGGAAGAGGUUCAUGUCUCUGAAAAGCAGGAGAGGAGUGGAGAGGUUGGAGGAGAAGGAGGUGGUGCAGUACUACCGGGACCCCAAACUGGAGAAGGAACUACAGUCCCUGAAAAACAGGAUCCAGGAUGAAUCAUUGAAAAGGUCAAGAACCAAUUCAGACAUAGAAAUCAUCAGUGAGAAGGUAAUGAAACUGGAAACACAGCUGACCAAAGUCGAACCAAAACUGGUGACCAAGAUACUGACUGAAUAUGAGAGAGACCCUCAGCUUGAAAAAGAAGCAGCCAAGAUCAGAGAUGAGAUGCAGAGGAUACAACUGGAGCUUAAAACAAGAGACACAGAGACCGUUCAUGUGAAAACUGAGCUUACGACUUUGGCUCAGCAGAAACCAAAAAUCAGGGAGAAGGUUGUGAAGAAGGAAGUGGUGAGGCUUGAAAAGGAUCCAGAGAUGCUGAAAGCUGUUCUCACGUUCCAGAAUGACAUUGCAGAGGAGGAAUCCCGGUGCAAGUCCCUCAAUGAUAGCAUUUUCAGCACAAGGAGCCAGAUAAACACUCUUGAGAGGGUCAUUCCCACCAUCCAACCCAAGGUAGUCACUAAGGUGGUGAAGCAAAUACAACAAGAUCUAGAAACACUCCAAGAUUCAAACAAGGUACGUAUGGCCUUGGAAGACGAGAAAGAUCAGAACGUUAUCUUGAUGAAGGACCUGACCACAUUACAACUACGUUAUGGUGAAUUGGAGAAGCUCAAGCCUAAAGUCGAGGUCAAGGAGAUCAUCAAUGAGAUUUACAGAGUCGAUCCUGAGACAGAAGUCGAACUGGUGCGUCUGAGGAAAGAGCUGCAGGAGUCUGGCCGAAACCGUACCGAUCUAGAGAAAGAAAUCAACACAGUGAUGGCAACUCUGACUACCCUGCGUGCCCAGAAACCCAAAGUGGAGUACAAAGAGGUAACCCAGGAAGUGAUCAAGGAGGAGAAAAGCCCAGAGGUCAUCAGGGAAUUACAAAGGCUGAACAACCAAGUCUCCCGUCUGCAAGGCAACUAUGACACCAUCCUAGAGCUGCUGACUCAUCUACGCAAAGAAAGAGAUGAGCUGAAAGUUGAAAAAUCCAAAGUGGAGACAAAGCUAGUGAAUAAAGAGGUCAUCAAGUAUGAGAAUGACCCUCUCAUUGAGAAAGAGGCUGACAGACUUCGGAGGAAUGUUAGAGAAGAGAUACAACAACGCCGCAGUGUGGAGGAAUAUCUCUUUGACCUUCAGAACCAACACAUUGUUCUUGAACGGCAGAAGCCAGAGGAGAAGAUUGUAAUGCAGGAAGUGGUGCGUCUUCAGAAGGACCCCAAGCAGAUCCUGGAGCAUGAAAAGUUGAACAAGUCCCUGGAUGAAGAAGUUAAAGCCCGUAGAAAGCUUGAAUUAGAGGUUAGACAGCUCAGACCCCUGGUUCAAGAAAAGGAGCAUACCCUGGCUCAGAUGGACGAUCGCCAGAAGAAGAUUCAAGUAGAGUCGGAGCUUAGGCAAAUCAAAUCUCGCAUUCUUGAGCUGGAAAGUUCUCCACCACCCGUUGAGGAAAAGAUCAUCAUUGAGGAAGUCCUGAAAGUGGAGAGAGACCCGAAGUUGGAGAAACUCACUGAAGGUAUUCGUGUUGACAUGGAUAGUGAGGGCACCAAUAUCAGUCGUCUAGAGAGAGAAAUCUGCAACUUGAAACUCAGGUUGGAAAUUCUGCAAAAGGAGAAGUCAAUUGAGAAGGUUGUUUACAGAGAAGUUGUUCGUGUAGAGAAAGAUCCAGCAGUGGAGGCUGAACGGGAACAUCUAAGAGAGCUAGUCAUGCAGGAAAGGAAUCUCAGGCGUGACCAGGAAGACAACCUUCAGAGCAUCAACAUCAAAAUGAGCCACCUCCAGACAACUACGUCUAUGACCUCUCAGAAGGAGAAGUCUUUCAUUACCAACAAAGAUGCUCUGCAGAGAGAGAAGGAGGAUCUCCUCAAACAGCUCAAAAUGCUAGAGUCUGAAAGACAGGACAUUAGCAUAGCCUUCCAGCAACAGUCUAAGCUGAUGAGUGAGAGAAACCAGCUUGCAUGGCAGAGGAGUCAUAAGACAUCUUCUGAAAUACAACGAUUGGAGAAAGACAUCCUGAAUGAAAAAGACAAAAUACACCAAAAAGAGACGCUCAUCCUUGAACUGCAGGGCAGCAUUAAGAAAGACGACCAGUCUGAAACUCACACCAGAGAGACUAAUCUUUCCACAAGGAUCAGCAUCCUGGAUCCGGACACUGGCAAAGACUUGGCUCCCUAUGAUGCCUACUUGCAAGGGCUAAUUGAUCGCAACCAGUACAUUCACCUGUCAGAGCUUGAGUGUGACUGGGAGGAAAUCACUUCAACUGGUCCAGAUGGGGAUACAACAAUUCUGCAGGAUUGCAAGACUGGGAAGCAGUUCUCUGUCAAGGAUGCCCUCAAGGAUGGUCGCCUGACCCAGUAUGAUGUGAUCCGUUACAAGGAAGGGAAAAUGCCCAUUUCUGAAUUUGCCCUCCUUGUUGCAGGGGAAACCAAAAAGCCCUAUGUUCCUCAAUUAAAUACCCCAAGAUCACCCACCAGACCCACCCAAGCCUCUCCCUUAAACUCCAUGCCAACUUCUCUGAGGUCCUCCUAUACCAGUCUCAACGCUCACCAUAGUGGUAGUUUGGACAACCUCAGUGCAGCAAGUGAUGAGCACUUCCCAAUCUCUGGUAUUUUUGACACCACCACUGAAAGCCGUAUGUCUGUGAGAAGUGCCAUGACCCGCAAGCUCAUAGAUACCGACACAGCUCUGAAGCUGCUAGAGGCACAGGCAGCCUCAGGUGGAAUUGUUGAUUUCACCAAAAAGGACAAAUUCUCUGUCCACAAGGCAGCUGAGAAUGGUCUCAUUGACUCAACACAUAUGUACAAGCUUCUGAAUGCGCAGAAGGCCUUCACUGGAGUCGAGGAUCCUGUGACCAAAGAGCGUCUGGCAGUGGGAACGGCAGCACAGAAAGGGUACAUUCCCCAAGAAAAUGCCAGGAGGUACAUGGAGGCGCAGUACCUGACUGGUGGGUUGGUAGAUCCCACUAAAGCUGGCCGGCUCACUGUCCAAGAAGCUCUGGCCACCAAUCUCAUUGACAACACAACAGCCAAUAACCUGAUAGAUGUGUCUUCCCACACAAAAGAGCUGGUAGACCCCAUCACAAAGGAGAAGAUAUCAUACAAGCAGGCAAUGGACCGGUGUAGGAGAGACAUCAUCACAGGGCUCCUGAUGCUUCCUGCUGCCUCCACCGAUGCCACAGAUGCCCCAUCAUACUCAAACUUUCGGUUUAAUUCCUCUUAGAACAAAGUCUAGAUGUGCAGUUUGAAAUGUGUCAUAUGCUAAAGGGUGUAUGAUAAUGCUAACAGACACAUGUCAAGAAAAAAAUGGAAAUUGAUAUGUUUAUACACAAUUUGAACGCUGCAAAAAAUUUCUUUUGGGGUGAAACUGCACACGUGGAUCUGUCUUUUUCAGUACUAUUUUUGUGUUUGCUGUAAAAAUGAGGGUAAUGUUUUUUUUUGUAUGUUUAUUUUUUUCAGCAUUCUCAAGCUAAAUCCUGCAUAAAUGCCUAAUAAACUUCACAAGCCAUGCACUCAUUUUUUUCUUAUUGUUUGAAAUAUUAACGUUUAAAUCAUUACAACACAUGCAUAUAAUUGAGUCAAUGUAAUUCAUGCAGUAGACAAGGUUUGGGGCAUUCACAACACAUGUAACAAUGUUGACUAUCAAAUGAUUGUCUUCAUUCUGACAUCUGGUUUUUAGCCAUGCUAGCAGCGUGGUUUUAGGGAUGGUAAAGAAGGUCGGUCAGUCAAUUGACCGAAAUGUCUCAUCAAUUGCUGGAUGGAUCGCCAUGAAAUUUUGUACAGACAUUCAUAGUCAGACAAUGUGUCCUAAAUACUUUGAUGAUCCUCUGACUUUUCAUGUAGCAGUACCAUUGGGUUGAUAUAAGUGGUUUUGAAAUGUCUCAACAACUAUUGGAUAGAUUGUCAUGAAGUUUGGUACUGACAUUCAUGUCACCCUCAGGAUGAAUUGUGAUAACUUUGAUCAGCCUCUGACUUUUAGUCUAGUACCAUCAAGUCUACAUCUUGCUUUGUCCAAUUUGAUUUAAGUACUUACAAAACUAACAACAUUCCCAUCAGCCUCAGCUGUACUUUGUGUUUGGUGCUAAUUAGCUAAAGUUAGCAUCCUAACAUGGUGAACUAAGAUGGUGAAUAUGAGCCGUCUCUACACAUCAGAAUCUUAACAUCACACUGAUGUUAGCAUUUAGCUGAAAGCACCAUUGUGUCUAAGCACAGCCUCACAGAGUUGUUAGCAUGGCUGUAGACACUUAGUCUUCUUAAUAUUAAUAUGGGAAAUAUACAAUUUAUGAUGCAUAUCUUCCCAUUCCCAUAAACAACUUGCUCCACAAGACAGUGAAUCAUCUACUGUACAAAUAAAGCAUACUGCAUGA